AUGUCUAGACCUAUUGUUAUUUCUGGUCCUUCCGGAACUGGUAAAUCUACUUUACUUAAGAAAUUGUUUGCUGAGUACCCAAACAAGUUUGGAUUUUCUGUAUCAAACACUACUCGUAAGCCAAGAGCUGGUGAAGUCGAUGGAAAGGAUUACAAUUUCUCCACCGUGGAAGAAUUCCAACAAUUAAUUGCCGAAGACAAGUUCAUUGAAUGGGCUCAAUUUUCAGGCAACUAUUACGGUACUACCAUUAAGGCCGUCAAAGACGUUGCUGAACUGGGUAAGACUUGUUUGUUAGAUAUUGAUAUGCAGGGUGUCAAAUCUGUAAAGAAGACCGAUUUAAAUGCUAGAUACUUGUUUAUCAGUCCUCCUUCCAUCGACGAGUUAAAGCAAAGAUUACAAGGUAGAGGUACUGAAACCGAAGAAUCUUUAACUAAAAGAAUCGAUGCUGCUUCUGCUGAAAUGGAAUAUGCUAAAACUGGUGCUCAUGAUAAAAUUAUCGUCAAUGAUGAUUUAGAAAAGGCUUAUGUUGAAUUCAAGGACUUUAUUCUUGCCAAUGAAUAA